CGGCCCAGUUUGUAUUAGUUGGACGAGCAGAAGAACGAGACGGAGAAACGUGUAAGAGCCCUAACUAAAAGCGUUUCUCUGCUCCAUCAUGGCAGCCGCGGAGUAAUUUAGAGGAUUCGGCCCGUCGCGCGGAAUCGUGACCGACGCCCGAAUCCACCGCAUUUAUGAGGAUGUUUCAGCUGGUAACUGCGCGAGGAUGCUUCCGCUGAACGUGCCCAAACUGGGCGUCUGUUACAAUGCUGAGGGCUUCUUGGUUUUUGUUUUGAACGCGGGCCAAACACAGAAUCACUGCAAAGCCUGAUAUGGACAACUUUAACGCUUCUCUCUUCUGCCAUUUCUAUGACGAACAUUGCGCAGUGCAGUGGAAAGGCUAUAUCGUUUAGUGGCUGUCGAACUGGUGCCGAAUACAUUACCUAAUUCAUCUGGGUGUUAAUUCCCGGUGCAGCCCAUAAACACACUACCGAGCGUGUUGGUGCACAAUCAAUGUAAGGAGCUUCGUCCAGCGGUGAGAGCCACUCUCCGAUGGUACAGAUGAGAGGCAAACAAUAUCAUCAACCACUGAAGUUGACAGCGCCUUGGGAGAAGGAUGCAGGCUUUGGAAGGAAGCUUAAAACAUACAGGAAUCAUACCAAGAUAAUAGCACAGCCUGGGAUCGUGAUGAAAGUGCUACGCAGGAAGAGGAUUGUGUUGUUUAUGGCCUAUUUGUUACUGCUCGUGCUCACUAUGCUUAACUUGGCUAAUUAUAAAUGGACUAAGGAACCGCAGCAGUGUAAUCAUCAGAUGAGGAGCACCACUUAUCAGAGCAGAUCUGACAUUCGCUUCCUGUACAGGCCCUCGCUGGCUAAGAAGAGGCAGCUUAUCUAUGUGCUGACCACCUGGAGGUCAGGCUCUUCCUUUUUUGGGGAGCUGUUUAAUCAAAAUCCAGAAGUGUUCUUCUUGUAUGAGCCAAUGUGGCACAUCUGGCAGAAACUGUACCCCGGUGAUGCCGUGUCAUUGCAGGGGGCGGCCAGGGACAUGCUUAGCUCCUUAUACCGCUGUGAUCUGUCUGUUUUCCAACUUUACAACAGCCCGGGAGGUAAGAAUUUCACCUCCCUCGGACUGUUUGGGGCCACCCUCAAUAAAGUGGUGUGCUCAUAUCCCCUCUGCUCAGCCUACAGGAAGGAGGUGGUGGGGAUGGUGGAUGAUAAGGUGUGUAAAAAGUGUCCCCCUCAAAGCCUUAGACUGUUGGAGGAAGAGUGCCUGAAAUAUAGCACCAUAGUCAUUAAAGGGGUUCGCAUAUUGGAUGUAAAUGUGCUGGCCCCGCUCAUGGAGGAUCCAUCCUUGGAUUUGAAGGUGAUACACUUGGUCAGAGACCCACGGGCUGUAGCCAACUCCAGGAUCAAAUCCAGACACGGCCUGAUACGGGAGAAUUUACAGGUGGUCCGCAGCAGAGACCCCAAACUUCGGCGGAUACCUUUCGUGGACCCUGGGCACAAAGCUAACAAGAAGGAUGGCUCAGACUACCACUCCAUUGGAGCCAUGGAGGUGAUCUGCGACCGUACCUCCAGGACUUUGAGGACUGCCUUAAACCCACCCAGCUGGCUGAAGGGGAAGUACAUGGCCGUACGUUACGAAGACCUGGUCGAAAACCCAGUUAAGACCCUGAGGAGCGUCUACCGCUUUGCCAACCUCACUACCAACCAUGACAUUGAGAUGUUUGCUUUGAACAUGACCAGUGGCUCCAGUUCCUCAUCUAAGCCAUUUAUAGUCUCCUCCAGGAAUGCCACACAAGCUGCAAGUGCAUGGAGAACAGUGCUCAGCAUCCAACAGAUCAAACAAGUGGAAGACUACUGCCACCACUCCAUGUCAGUUCUAGGUUACGAGAGAGUGAGAACAGCCGGGGAGGCCAAGGACUUAAGCAAAUCACUACUGACACACUCCAGACUGUGAAAACAUCCUCACCACCAAAGACCAUUUAAUUUAAUGUUAAUUUUGCAUAGAGUGCCGUUUCCUUAUAUUGUGGAAAUAAAGCUUUACUUUAAAUCAAUGUUCCUGGAUCUACAUCGGCCGCAUUUGGAAUGUACCAUCAGUCGAGCAGUUGCAGCUCCGUUGAAAAGGACCACUUCUUUUAUACCGGAACACUAGACGGACCUUAGACCUCGACACUGCAACGUCUAAGAACAAUUGACUCAAAGCUGCAACUAUCAGAGAAAAAAAAGGAAAAAGAAGCUACCGUAUAAUUCAUGUAUCUUGUUAUGAUGACACUUCAAAGUGGAUGUUUUGGGGAUAUUUUUUUGAAUGUUCAAAAGAAAAAAAAAAUCUAUGUUUUCCAGUCUUCAUACUGUCUGUAAAAGUGAAACUAGUUAAAGGAAGGGUUAAAAAAAUCCAACUGAUUUAAAAAAAGAAAAAAAGAAGUUGACUGCUAAUGUUAAUAUUUGAGACGUGUCAGAGACAAUCACUGGAUUGGAUUCUUGUGCCAUAGGUAGAGGUGUUAUCAGAACAGCAGUAGAGCUACGGCUAGAUUUUACAACAAGGAGGAUGUUUUGAUUUUGGGUUUUUUUCCUUACAUUUAUUAAUUUUUUUUUUUUUGUCGCCACGUCCUGACAGGAUGAUAUCAUACACUGUGGACAAUGUCAUAACUCCAGAUUUGGAAAAGUCUCUCUGUUGGUGUCAGCAGUCGGUUUGUUCUACCAUUUCAAAUGUUUACAAUUGCUUGCUCUUAUGAAAACACAUCUGGGAAUAUUGCAUUGAGUAAAGUUCAUAGUUAACAAUACAGUUUAUGCAUUUGUGUUGAACUCAGUUAUUUUAAAGCCAUCUUGGGGGGGAAAAAAGUGGAAGUGGUUCACAAAAUUGGCUACAGGGAGCAACCUGGAAGUUAGCACACCAAAAUAAGAUGCAGGGUUUAAUGCAGAUUUGAAUGAUUCGGUUAAAUUCAAUGCGGUUUUAUUUAUUUAGCACCAAAUCACAACAGCAUUCUCUCUUUUAUUGUAAGGUAAAGACCCUACAAUCAAACGACCCUAUAUGAACAAACACUUAGAGACAGUGGGAAGGAAAAACACCCUUUUAAUUGGAGAAACCUGAAGCAGAAUAAAAAUAAAUGUGCUACAUUUAUUUUUAUUUACAAUUAGGAUUUAUAACAAAUUUUGUCUUUAAAUGAAUAAGCUUUAUCAAAACUUUAUUCAGUGCACACCUUUUGUCACUGUUUGAGAACCACUGUGCGGGAGAGAUGUCAUAUAUUUGAUGCUAUUUGCUACAUAACCUUAAGGUGCCCUGUGGAGGUUUCUGGCAAACAAACUCUGUUUACAUUCUGUGUUGCUCACCAGCAUGAAGUGUGUGUGCGUGUGUGUGUGUGUGUGUGUGUAUAUAUAUAUAUAUAUAUCUGUCAGACAGGUUGGAAACAACUGCAAGCCACAUUUGAAAAGUUAGAAAUCGAGUCUGUGUACUUCUGUAUUGGUUUAGAUUUCCUGGUUUGUUUAGGUUUUUCUUUUUUUGACAAACUAAUGCUAGUAAAGCCUGACAUAAAACAA